AUGGUCGCUCUGCCUGCACGCGGCAUUCGCCAUGCACCAGACAAAACCUCGCCAAUAAUCUUCACCGUCGCCUCGACGACCUGCAUGCUGGCGCUCGCCUACAUGCUUGGGUCAAGGGCAAGGCAUCUACGGCUCAACAACAUAUCGCGGAUGAAUUUCGUGCGGAAACUCGUCGUCUUCAUGUACAUCGUCGGCAUCCUGUUCGUUGCCACCAUGACCAUCAUGGCCAACGGCCGCGGCGUGGUGACGUAUGCCGACUGCCACGCCGCCAUCAUCAUGUGUCUGGCCUUCUACAUGGGAAGCAAGUACCUCAUGUAUCUGUUCCUGGUCGAGCGUGCCCACGUCAUCCGGGCGCCCAGCACACGACGGCUGUCGGACAAGGUGUGGCUUUGCGGCAUGUCCAUCGUCAACCUCGGAUUUGGAGCCCUUUCCGUCGUAGGCUUCCUGUGGCCGGUGGCCCAGAUAUCCGAAAUCGACGGCAAAUGUCGCGUCGGCAUGCUGCCACGCGUGACCAUCACCAUGCUCGCCUUCGACAUCGUCAUCAACAUCGGCUUCACCGUGCUGUUCAUCUGCCUGCUAUGGCCGUUGCUGAGCUUCCACUCCAAACGCUCCCGCCCCAACGCCACCGUGAGCUGGUUCGAUCAUCUCCUGUCCCGCACGCCCAACAUCGAGAUCCGCGAAAACGACGAAGUCCGCGUCGAUGUCGGCAACGACCGCCUUCUGCGCGUGCUUCGGAAGCUGGUUCUCAAGACCGUCGUCGGCGCCUUCUUGAUCAUGUUGCCGACCACGGCAAAUCUCGCACUGCUCUUCAAGCUGGGGAACCACGAGCAGGGAUGGCUCUGCUCCACCAUCUGCUCCCUCGAUGUCACCUGGUCCGUCUGCAUCGUGCACUGGCUGACCGUCGACCACGCGGACCUCGACGGCUCCAUCGACCUACCCGCCGCCAACGCAACCGGAAAGAGCGUCACCAACACCACCACCACCACCACCACCGACACCGAACACAACAGGCUAUCGCGCGCCUCCAACUGCAGCGCGCGGCUGCAAGACGCGGCCCGCCCUUCCUUCCUCGAGAUCCCCGGACAAGCCCCGCUCGCCAAAUCCCUCACCAUCGUGACGGCCUCGGACGGGAGCGAGGCCGACGCGGAGCAGGCGACGCCUCUGGGAGCGGUGCGCAAGAGGACGAGCAUAAGCCAGAGCUCGCUGCAUCAGGUCGUGUCGGCCGAGGGGAGCGUGGAGAGCGAGGCUGGGUUGCUGACCCCUGGUCCGGCGAGUCGGAGACCGACGGGGGAGUCGUUGUCGUUUGAUCACAUUGAGCGGUUGUCGGGGCAGGCUGAGCGCAGAAUCUAG